GUCCGCUAGCCGGGCUGCUGAGUGAGGAGACGCUGGAGCGGCUGCUGCGGAAGGCGCUGCUCGGGAGGACCUGGGUGCCCCCCGCGGGCCUCUCUGCACGCGGGUGCGGAGGAGGAGUGGGAGGUGGAGGAGGGCGACCUGAGGCCGGAGGAGUGGGCGGCAUUCCAGCGCGCCGUGGCACUGGGGCAGCUGGGCGGCCCCCCCUCCCGGCCGCCCCCCUGGCGCCCCUGGUGGACCCGCGGGGAGGCGCGCGAGCUCAGCCUCACUCCCGCGGGGCAGCGCAGGGUGGCACCGCUGGACCGGCAGCCCCGGCAGCAGCAGCAGCGGGAGGAGCAGGAGGGGCGGCAAGGGGGGGAGGGGCAGGGUAAUGCGGAGGGGGCAGUGGUUGCCGACAACAGCAGCGGGAAUGGAACCCCUGACGGAGGUGAGAGGGGUGACGGCAGCGGCAGCGCGCUUCUGCCGGAGCCGCCGGAGGAGCCGCUGCCGCCGCUGACGGCGCUCACUCGUACGGCGCCCUCGCCGCUGCUGACGUGGCACCUGACGGAGGUGCUGUACGGCUACUGCCUGCUAAUGCGGCGGUACGAUGGAGACUGGAGUCGCGACGCGGGGGCAGCGGCGGCGCUGCUGCUGUGUCUCACGGACGUCCUGGCGCCGCCGCCGGCAUCAUCCCUGUCUGCAUGCAGCCGCCGUCGCCGCCGUGGGGGUCACAGAUCCGCUGCCGGUACGACAAUGACAAAGCCGGCGGCGACGGCGGCAGCGGCGGCGGACAAGGCCGCCGGGAAGGCAGCUGUUAGUGGUGGUGCUGGCGGUGGUAACAGACUGAAGCCAGAGGAGGGAAGGGAAGGAGGGCAUGGGAAAGAGGAAGAGGAGGAGGAGGAGGAGGGUUCCUCGGCUCCCCGGUUGCCUGGCUCCGCCGCUGAGGCGUGUUUGCAUGUGGUGGAAAGGGCGUGUGCGCCGCCCGUGGGUACGGCCAAGGACCGCUCCUACGCCAUCUCCGUACUGUACGAUGUGGCCUCGCUGCUUCACAACGGCCGACCCAGCGUGCUGCUCGCACUGACGGACACGCGGAGACUCCUCCUGGCCGCCGCCGCCGCCUGCACCGCACCCCCACCGCCCCCACCUGUACGGCAGACGGUGGGAACAGCCGUCGCACGGGGGGCCGGGGGACCCGGCGGCGGUGCUGCCCUGCCCUCAUCAUUAACCUCAUCAUCAUCAUCGUCCUCGUCGUUGUCUCGAGCCCAACGGCUGCAGUUGACCGCCGCGGAGCGCAAGGUGUGGUUCCUGCUGGUGUGGAGCAACGGGCUGUCGGCGGGGCAGCUGGAGGC